AUGGCCAUGGGGAAGAUCAUAUUCUACGAGGACCGCAGCUUCCAGGGGCGCUCCUACGAGACCAGCAACGACUGCUCCGAGCUCACCUCCUACCUGAGCAAGUGUAACUCCUGCAGGGUGGAGAGCGGCCUCUUCGUGGUCUACGAGAAGCCCAACUUCAUGGGCCAGCAGACGCUGGUGAGGAGGGGCGAGUACCCCGACAACCAGCGCCUGAUGGGAACGAGUGUGAGCGACUGCAUCAGGUCCAGUCGCACGGUCCCCAUGCACAGGGGACCCUUCAGAAUGAGGAUCUAUGAAAAGGAGAACUUCGGGGGCCAGAUGCACGAGCUGAUGGACGACUGCGACAACAUGGAGGAUCGUUUCCGUAUGUCCGAGUGCCAGUCGUGCAACGUGACGGACGGCCACUGGCUGAUGUUCGAGCAGCCCAACUACAGAGGCAAGAUGCUGUACCUGAGGCCCGGAGAGUACAGGAACCUCAGGGAGACGGGGAUGAGCAACAUGACGAGGUUCAGCUCCAUCAGGCGCAUCACGGACUCCUGUUAA